CCUCUAAUGAGCAGAUUUGAGAGACACCAGUGUAAGAGAGAGAGAGAGAAAGACAUCCAAGCAUAUGGGGAAAUAAGAUGACGACGGAGAAAAGACAAUCCACGACUCACGAAAAUCAUUCCAACAACGUGCUUGACUCAAGGAAGGUAAAUCAGGAACAAUGAGUCUCGUUUUCAAGCUUGAAAGCAAACCAGAGAGGAUUUUUACAUAGCCGUAGGAGAGCAAAGAGGAAAAGAGAGAGAACGACGAAAGAGUGCCCUGAUAAGGAAUUAAUCACAUUUGCUUGUGAUCAAGCUGUGCGCUCAUUCUGUGCUGGUGAGAGCGUGCGUACAUAUGUAUGCGAUAGACUGCAUUGCUGCUAGCUGACGGAGACUGAACCUUGCAGAAUCUAUCGCUGUUUUUUUCUUGCACUCCGAUUCCCUGCGUGGCAUCAGCAUGUCGGGUGGAUGUGUUACAACAGAGAGCGAGCUCCCGACAGAGGGGAUACGUCUGUAAAUGCUACCUGACUGCUUCAUCUAGUGGCCGUCACUCUGAGGACUCGCAGGUUUCUAGGUGGAGCCUGGUGGUCUUAACAACAGGGAGGGGAACUGAGACAGUUCAAAGCCCCAGAGAGGGUAAGCUGGAGUCAGGGUAGGUGUGCUGGCACAGGGUGCCCCUGUGGAGGCAGGAACAAGGAGGGGGCCGGAGUACCAAAAGCGAGAAUUGUUGCUGCGUUGGUAACGGUACGAUAAGGCGCAUGGCUGACGUGGGCCCACUUUCAUCACCGAGAAGCAGCCGCAGGAGAGCAAUCCGUGAAUAACAAGCUCCACUCCUGAAAGAGGAUGGUCUGAGAGGGUGCAAUCUGCUCCUGCCUGGUUUGACAGGAGGAGACUACUGCCCAGGAGGGCUCCUCUUUUUUCUUUCUUUUAACUUUUUCAAUUGUUUUCUGCAACCGGGAGUUGUUACAGGUCUGUUGUUACACCCUGGCCCCAUUUCUAAGUCAGCGUUUUUUUAGUUCGUUCUUCUUUUUCUUUUCUUUUUGAGGUUUGAGGUAUUUGCCAAAACCUAUUUCAUGCAUGUCCACUGGGGGCAGGUUCAACUUUGAUGAUGGGGGAUCAUACUGUGGAGGGUGGGAAGAGGGAAAGGCCCACGGCCAUGGCAUCUGCACGGGACCGAAGGGCCAAGGCGAGUACGCAGGCUCGUGGAGCCACGGCUUUGAGGUGGUGGGCGUCUAUACCUGGCCCAGUGGGAACACCUAUCAAGGGACAUGGGCACAAGGCAAGCGGCAUGGCAUUGGAGUUGAAAACAAGGGCAAGUGGGUUUAUAAAGGUGAGUGGACACAUGGAUUUAAGGGACGCUACGGUGUGCGGGAGAGCACGGGAACAAGCGGCAAGUACGAGGGUACAUGGAACAACGGACUACAGGAUGGAUAUGGAACGGAGACGUACUCUGAUGGAGGUACAUACCAGGGCCAAUGGGUGGGCGGAAUGCGGCACGGAUACGGCGUACGGCAGAGCGUUCCGUACGGCAUGGCGGCCGUCAUCCGUUCACCUCUCCGUACCUCCAUAAACUCCCUACGCUCCGAGCACAGUAACGGCACAGCGCUGCUGACCGGCGACCGACCGCCCGUGGCCGGCGUGGGGGCCGGAGGCGUCCUAGUGGGGGGCAGCCCUGCCGUGUCCCGCGGGGGCUUCGUUCUGACGGCCCACAGUGAAUCAGAGCUGUUGAAAAACAAAAAGAAGGGUCUGUUCCGUCGCUCACUCCUAAGUGGCCUCAAGCUGCGAAAAUCAGAGUCCAAAAGCUCACUGGCCAGCCAGCGAAGCAAGCAGAGUUCCUUCCGGAGCGAAGCGGGCAUGAGCACGGUCAGCUCCGCCGCAUCCGACAUCAACUCUACAAUCAGCCUGGGAGAGGGGGAGAGCGAGCUGCCAGUGGGCGAUGACGAUGUGGACGCCACUACCACCGAGAGUUACGCUGGAGAAUGGAAGAACGACAAGAGGACGGGCUGCGGGGUGAGCCGGCGAUCGGACGGACUGCAGUACCAGGGUGAGUGGCUGGGCAACAAGAGGCACGGGUAUGGAUGCACAACCUUUCCGGACGGCACUAAAGAGGAGGGAAAAUACAAACAGAAUGUGCUUGUUAGUGGCAAACGCAAGAACCUCAUCCCACUACGUGCCAGCAAGAUCAGAGAGAAAGUAGACAGAGCGGUGGAAGCGGCAGACAAGGCCGCGGACAUUGCGAAGCAGAAGGCGGAAAUCGCGCAGUCAAGAACGGCUCACGCGAGAGGGAAAGCAGAGUCCGCGACGGCUGCAGCACAGAAAGCCCAGGAAGAGUGCAGGCUGGCCCGAAUCAACGCCAAAGAGUUCUCUCCCUCAUUCCAGCACAGAGGAAACAGAGUGGAGUGCCAGCGACCCAAACAGCAAAACUCCAGCGAGAACGACGUGGAGGUGAUCUCCAGCGGAACGGCAGAUAGCACAGAGCUCUACAUGAAGGGCUCCACGCCCCCGGACCUCACCCCAGACGUUAGCCCCACCACCAGCCGGCCCUCCACACCUCCCCGAACCCCGACCACCAAAUCUUCCCACCGCACCAAAAACGCCCGCUUCCUGCGACAGAGCGCCGUGGACGAGGAACGGGGAGGAACCCAAGAGAUCCAGGUGCUGAUGGAGGAGAGAGGUGGCGGGGGUCCGAGCGCAGCUGGAGAUUACCUGAGGGCGAAUAGCUGGGGGGCAGGCGAGGACAAGCGUCCCUCUCGUGGGGGUAGCAGCAGAGGGGGUAGUCGGGGCAGUAGCCGCUCCACGACCCCCUCGGUGCAAGACGAGGUGCGGGUUGGGGUGGCACGGGCCAACGGUCACAAGCACUCCAAUCACAAGCCCCGAGACCACAGCUCCUCCAAUCACAAAGUCCCACGGGACAGGAGAGCGGACGGACACUCUGCUUCUUGGACCUCACAGCGGGUACACGGGGACAGUUUAGCCCACCCCCGGCUCUUAGAACAGGACGAGGAGAAACUGAGCAAUUAUGAAAUGGAGAUGAGGCCGUUACAGCCCAUGGACUCCCAUAAUUCCCAGAAGCCCUAUGGGCACGGGGAGGAGUGGCACGGUCAAGCGGAGUCUCGCGCACAUACGCUACAGCGGCGGGGUAAGAAUCGAGACCGGGAACGGGACGCUUCGGGGGCAAGGGAGGCACGGGAGGGGGCGGUACCGGACUCGGUGCAAAAGUUGGACAGUCUACGUGUGGGGGAAAAGCUAGAUGCUCGCCCCCUCCGUCGGGACCUCACACUCUCACCGCCACAGAAAUCCCCACCUAUUGCACUAGAGCAAGAAGACGUGAAUCAGUCUCAGCUCAAAGUGAACUCGGGAUCCAACUCAAUUCUGGUUAUCAUGGUGAUUUUGCUCAACAUUGGAGUCGCCAUUUUGUUCGUCCAUUUUUUUAUUUAAACUCUUCAUUGCCGUCAGUUCCUCUUGUUAAGCUACGCUACUAUCAAAUCAAUAUCUGAUCUGGUCCUGGCCCAUUUUCUUUUUUAAACAAACGACCAACUACUUCUAAUGAAGUUACAACAGAACUGAGGAAGGCAACACAAACACGGGGCUCAGCGGUUCGGUCUGCUUUUCUGUCCCCAAAGAGCUCUUGUUUUCAUUUCUUAAUUUGUUCUCUUUUUUAACUACAAAAUAGUUAAAAGCAUCCUUUCGAACAUCUAGUUUUAACCUAUGUAUUCACUCACUCAUUUACAGUAUGCUGUUCUGAAUGAAAAUACUUCUCUUUUUUAUUUCAUAUUCCUUGCCUUUUUCUUGACGAUGCUGGUGGCUUCUUUUUUAUUUUGUUUGGGUUUGGUUUGUAUUUGGGUGUUGGACUCGACACCUGAAUGGUGGCUUAAGGGUGAAGGGGACGGCAGAGUUACAUGGCCAUGAAGUCAACAGGUCUCAAUAGGAUGGGAAACGGCUCCUGUCUAUACCCACCCGCCUCCCUCGCGCACCACUCCCAAACAUCGUUUCCAUUUCUUCACGUUCUCAUUUCUGUUACUCAUCAUACCAAGUGCUCUUUGCAUGUCCUGUACACUUCCAUUUACCGCCUGUGUGGUAGGUCAGCAUCCCCAGAAUGUCAUGGUGGUCCGGGCCUUCUGCUAGAUGACAAAGUAUUUUUAGAUAUCGCUUUAUAAUGCACCUAAAAAAGGAGCUACCAAACUUUCUGAUGUCAAGUUGUACCAUGUUGGGGCAGAUCUCGCAAAUUCAUCUGCGAGUCGUCAACAUUGCAAAUGUCGAAUCUGGCCAAUGCUGCUAAAACAAGCACAACAAAGUGGGUUACUAAAAAUGUUUAGUAUUUACAAAGACACAGCACCACUGACAUCCCAGCAUCCGCAACAUGCACUCCGGUGGAUGUGACCCACAUGCAUUUGGAAAAAUUCCAGGAUCUAAAUAUGCUAUGAUCUGAAAGGGCUUCAUCCUUAAUCUUGCUCCACAUAAAACAUUUUCUCGGCAGAUUAAAUCGUGACCCAACCGGUUUUGCAUGUAUGCAGUUGUACACUCUAUAUGGGUAGCUGAUCUCCAUAGUUUGUGUUAUCUGUUUGAAUUUGGGGUAACACAUGACAUUCUGCGAGGUCAUCAUCACCAUCAUUACAAUCCUCUUUAGAACUGCCCACUUUGAUGAGAUCACGAGAACUCCUGUCGACCUCACCGUGCAUCCCUGAAAGCCACAUGCUGCGUGCGCGACGCUGGUGUUCCCAACCAGACGUUCAGAGACUGUUAACGUUUUUUCCCAACUGCUGCUUUCGAAACAAAUAUUUAUUGAUAAAAAGGACAAAAAAACUUUUUUAGCUCUUUGCAAGACGUCUGAAAAAUGCCGACUGCCUUGUUUUUCUAAAAGUAAAAGAAAAAUGUUGCAUGCAAACGUACGUUUUAGUUUUGUAUAGAUAUAUGCGAAAAAUGUACUGGAAAGUCUGCGAGUUUUGAAAGCGGCGUAAAAGCUGCAAGAAUGGAUUUCGUUUAUCCCAAUUCAAAGUUUUAUUUUAUUGGCCGAUAUUAAAAUACUCCACGGAGUGAAGCCUAUGAGUGUGUUUACAUGUACAACAAAAAUCGGCUCUUUAUAAAGUGUUUACAAUACAUAAAAAGAGGCACUAUAAGGCUAUAAAGUGUUUACAUGCAUAGAAAAAUUUGAGUAACAUUAAAAAAUCUGUGUGCUGAUAAGGUUUUGCUUGAGUUUGAUAAAAUACUCAGCUUAAAGAAAUAGUUCACCCAAAAAUGAAAAUCUGUAAUAACAAACUCACCCUCAUGCCAUUCGAGAUGUACAUAACAUUCUUUUUUAAGUUAAAGACAUUUUUUUAUAAAAAGCCAUUACUUUAAAUACAUACAGGUGUCUGCAAGAAAACCUUUUUUGUGUUUUUAUUCAUUUUAUUUGUUGAACGUAUUAGCGAAACUAUCAUCAAAACAAGCACAUCCGAGCAUUUAAUUCAAAGAUCUCAUUGGUUCUUAUGUGUCUUGUGACGAAUGCUGCGUUCACGACACCUUGUAUUUAGGAUAUUCCUACCUUAACCCAGAAAUAAUUUCUAGAACAGAGCUCUUUGUUAAAAAUACUUGUUAAUGUUUUAAUACUACUAAAUAAUCAGUAAUAUUAAUGUUUUAAUGCUACUAAAUACUUUUGAUAUUACUCCAGGCGUUACUUCCGAGUUUGUGAUGGGAACUCUCCUGACCUAAAUCCGAGGUGUCUCGAACGCAGGAGAUAGUUACGAGACACGGGGUGAUCGUGAGUAAAUCAUUAAAUUUACGAGGUAAAUUUCGUUAUUGGGUGAACUGUUUUCUUUCAAAUAAACUGACGUUUUGUUACCAGAACAGAAAGCUUUUUCGGUGUAAGAUCGUAUAUGUAAACGCAGUCAUGGAGAAAACCCCAAACAGAACGCCCCAAAAUCCGAGACGAUAUUAAAACAGCCGAAACAAAUAAUAAAAGAGAGGUGUUUGUUUAUUUUUAUAGCCAGCUAACAGAACGCAAGACUCUGUGAUGUUUUUAUAGCAUGUGUGUAUGGGCUUGUACUCUCUCCCCUUGAGUAUGUCCCUCCUGGCAUCGACUCAUUCACAAUUUGUGUGCUUUCUCUCUCUCUCUCCUUUUCUAUCCCUCUCGCUCGCCCACCGCCCUCCCUUCCCUGUAUUUCUCCGUUUCUCUAUCCAGCCGAAAAAGAAAAAUAUAAGACCAAAAACAAUGAAAUGUGCAAAUGGUAACCUACGCUGAUGUAAAGGAAAGCAAGUCGUACUUUUUCUCACUUCGACUUGAGUUUCUUGGUCCGACUCCAGCCGAUCACGUGACUGUGCGAAAGCGCACGUGGACUUUGACACAAAACAACGGCUGUAUGUGACGGAGAGGGUGGUAUUCUGACGGGUCUUCCAAACAGAUGCAGUCGACCCUCACAGCCGGCUCUUGUACCGUUUGACCUGGAUGUAUUGUCACCCUAUGCGCCUAUAGCAUGCCCAAGCAUGCCUAGUUCUUUGGUUUCUUUCUCUCUCCUAUCAUUCAGUUGGUUACUUCUCCUGGGGGUCUGUUUCUUUUUUUGAGAUAUAUUGAGAAAUUAAUGAAAGUGUUUGAAAGUAA